AGAUAAAGAAACAACCGCCCGCUUGCUUCUACCACACGCCUCCAACCUCCCCACCUCUUACACUUCGCCUCACUCCCCUUCUCCCCUCUUAGCAACUACAACAGACCCUCCACGGAAAAACUAUUCACCUGGACCCCGACACAACCUCUCAAUCCACCCCGACAGAACGAACCCCUCCACCCCACCCAUCAUGUCCACCAACGCCGCGCAAACGAUGCGCAAGCGCGCACCCCCCCAGGGUGACGAAGAAGCCGGCGCGGAGCUCAAGCUCGGCGAGUUCCAGGAUGUGGACGCGUUGACGCACUCGGAAGCGGCGCUGGUCAUCAAUGCCCUCGUCGCGAAGCGCAAGAUGGAUAAGGAUUCCAAGCGUGUCAAUGAUAGCGAGAUGCUCAACAAGACCCUCGAAUACCUCGACCACUUCGCCCGCUUCAAGCGCAAAGAGAACGUCGAAGCCGUCGAGCGCCUCCUCUCCGCGCACCCCGAGCUCGCCAAGUUCGAGCGCGCCCAGCUGGGCAGUCUGUGCUGCGAGCUGGCUGAGGAGGCGAAGACGCUGGUGCCCAGCUUGGCGGACAAGAUCAGCGAUGACGAUUUGCAGGAGUUGUUGAAUGAGAUUAAUAAGCACAGAGGGUAUGAUGGGUAGAUGCCCGUCCGUUCGUCUGUCCUUCGUCUGUCUUUGGGUGUGCGGAGAGGGGAUAUGGGGGUGACGGGAGGGGGAGGAUGAGAUGGUAGGGGAGGCGGUGCGAGCGAUGGUGGUACAGGUUAAUGCCGGAGUUUUCUUAUGGGGAGUAGGUAAUGCAUGGGAGGUGUUGGCGUUUCCAGACUGGCCGGGGCGGCUUGUGUGCUGAUCGACGACAUACCGACAUACUAGAUUGUCUGGGUUGAAUAUGGGUAACAAAAUUGUGGAGGAACUUUACGAAAACGAAAUCUCAG